AUGCAUAGAAGAAGCCGAAACGCGUGUGACAGAGAGAAUGCGGCGCCGAAUCCCGCAUUUCCCAGCCCUCUGUCGCCCACGCCGCCGACGCAGGAUCGCGAUGAACACCAUGAAGUUCCAACAAGCCGCGAUACGACCUACGUUCCCGCUUCUCACUUUUCUACUGAAAACGUAGCCAGCAUAAUAGAAUCAUUGCAAAGAUCGCAGACGGAAGCAUUCAAAGACCUCCUGUUAUCUGUGACACGAAUUAACACGUCGACACCGGCCCCAGGGGAAGGCACCCUGGCCCGCUGUAAGUCACAAUUUUCCGGCCACCCGAACGAAUCGGUAGAAGCGUUUAUAGACGCCGUCGAGGCGUACAGCGACUGUGCUCAAGUGUCCAGCACUAACAUCGUUCGCGGCCUCGCAUUUCUCUUCAGUGGUGAUGCUGCUACGUGGUGGCUUGGCAUCAAGAACACCAUCACAUCGUGGGACGAGGCCAAAGAGAACCUGAUAAGUGCCUUCGCCUUCGGUGACCGCCGCCCCCCACACCGCAUUUACCUACAGCUAUUCGCGAGCCCGCAGAUGCACAAUGAAAACACGGACACAUUCAUAGCGCGCAGCCGUUCCCUUCUAUCGAAAAUAUCGGAUAGAGACGUCUCGGAGAAGGCCAGGCUAGACAUGGUGUACGGCCUCCUACACACUAAAAUCCGGCAAAGAUUACGCCGUGAAGAAUUUGCCACUUUUCAAGACCUAUUACGUCAUGCGCGCAAUAUAGAAGACAGUCAGGGCGAGGCAGAUACGUCGAGAGGUACUCCGACGCCGCGCACGGCACCCCGCGCGAGCACAACAUACGCCGGUCCCCGAGCGCCCACUUAUACGGCGCCGGAAUCCGCCAUACGUGCCCCGCAACCGCCGCCUGCCGCCGCCGCCAGCCGCUAUCCGGCCCCCGCAGCCGCCGCCACCCGGGCGCCGCUAUAG